AGCAAAAAUUAAGAAGAAAAGUCAACGUGAUAAUGUGAAAAAGCUCCAGUUUUUUACGCACUUGGCAUCAUAUCGGAAAAUAAAACAGUUUUUUGUAAUAAUUUAAGUGGAAAACGAAGCUGAAAAGAUUUAUCUCGUGAAAAAAGUGCUUGUGCUGCAGAAAACAUUAAAAUUUACUUGAAAAACUAACAGUUGAACCAGAGGAAGCCUGCACAAAAUGGUCGCUACCAAACCUAUACAGAAACGUCGAGGAGGUUUCAGUGGUAUGCCCGGUAGGCCACGCUUUAAGCCUAAAAAUUCCCGGAAUCUAUUCAACGCCAACCAGUUAGGUGACAAUCCAGGUUUCGUGGACUUCAACGAUGACAUUCAAAUUCCUGCGGCGCCUGCUACCUCGACCGUGGAAACCUCGACGAAUUCAGCGCCUGCUACAAACAGCAAUACAGCAGUUGCGACUACAGCAGGAUCACAAGAAGCAAAAGGUUUUAACAAUCGGAAGGGAAACCUUAAUUUAAAGCGGCCGAAUGCACGAAACGGUUACCAGUCGCGACGGAUGUUUCCGGCAAUGAACGCACCCUGGGGCCCUCCCAUUCCUCCUAUGCCCCCCAUGUACCCGAUGGGUGGUGGUCGUCGUAACGGACCAUUUCCACCGAUCCCACCACCGCAUUUUCGUGUUCCCCCGAUGGGGAUGCGUGGAAUGCGUGGAGGUCCAAUAAUGCCACCACCUCCUCCGAACGGUCGCUUCAACAUGCACCCUAUGGGACCCGGUCCGAUGGCAAUGAUGCCACGGCCAAUGCCACCGAUACCGCCAAUGCGAGGUCCAAUGAUGAAUCCAAUGGGUCGUGGAAUUCCUCCGGCGCUUAGAAAUCGCCCCGAUGGCCCCCAACCGAUGCGGCGUACCCCGAACGGUAAGCUACCGCCCGGAGGUCGACCCGGUAAGCCCGGCCGGGGUGCUAUUCGACCGAGCACUAUUGCCAACGGGAAGGGAACUAAGCCUAUAAACAGAAAACCUCGUGUAAAGGGAACGGGCAAACCUAGAGAGGAAUAUCCGCUGGAUAAACCGUGGGUAACGCAGGAAAUUAGGGAUGAGCACGAGAAGAAGGUUGAGCUGGCCGAACGACUGAAGGGUCACAAGGAUGAUGCUUUGUUUGGGCAGUUCAAGGAGCAGCGGGACAAGUUUGUCACAAUGUAUGAUGCUGCAAGGCUGGAGUUUAUCGGAAAGCAUCCUGAACAGGACGUUGAUAAAAUUCUGGCCGGCAAAAAUGCCAAAAUCGAAAGUAAAAAUUCAAAAGAUGCAGUUUCUACUGAUUCUCCUGCUGCUACUACAGCUAGUACUACUGCCGGUGCUGCUGCUGCUGAUGCUACAACUACGACUACCACUACAACCGCUACUGCUAGCGAUGCCGGGAAAUCUGCGGCUUCCUCCGCCUAAGCUGAAUUACUAACUUAGAAUCUUACUUGCCCGUGGCUACCUACAUUGCAUUGCGCUCUCACAAAUGAAUCCGUUCGAACAGACCACGGUAAGGGCGGAGGAAGUACGAUAAAUUCAUCAUUAUUAUUCCGAACGGAAGCAAAUUCAAAAUUUGCUAUAGUAUAACCAGAGAUUUUAUUAAAGUUUUGGAACCAAUUUAGCGAUUAGCACUGAACUAGAGCGCAAAAACUUUACUAUUUUAAAGCAUGAUCGUAUCGAACAUGAAACGGAUUCAGUAAAUAUUACAGACAACUUACUUGCAAAGGUGCAAAUUUUAGCAUUGAAUAAUUUCGAACAAACAUUGUUUUGCGCGGCAUUGCUCUUAUUGUACCAUUUUAAUCGAUAGUGAUGAAGGAGUGAAGCAAUUUUUAAACAAAAGAAAAGCCGUUUGCUGUAGUAAAAAAAAAUCUGCUUUAAAAACUGCCAUACCAAGUCUAAUCGUUCAAAAUUAAAACGCAGCUUUCAAUAUUUUUAAUCUAAAUUAGUUUUGCAAGGUCAUAAACCACGUUCUUCACUCCGCAUGUAGGUUUUUUUGGUUCAAAUUAAUAUCAAAAGAUUAAUGAAUACAAUAUAUUAGCAAUGUAGUGGUACAAUUUUUAAAUGUAGUUCCCUCUGACGAGAAACAAUUGCGUCAAACUGUCGUUCUAUUGAUUGUAGCAACACGAAAAUUAAAACAGUAGCUUCAAUGGCUCAUCUAACUAGACUUGUAAUAAAGGACAUAGUUCUUUCUGUGAAUUAAUUUGUGCUGAAUUUUACACGAAAUAAAUAGACAAAAGCAAUGCGUUGGUUUUAUUACUUUCCAGUCGUGCAUGUGAUUAGUUUGUUCAGCCAACGUAACUUCUAUCCUAAUAUCCUUAACCUCACUAAACAGGUUGUGUACUUUUCAGUCGAAUUUUAAAGAGACGACUCAAGCAUUUGUUAGCUACACAUAAACCCCGAUCGCAAAGAACUGAAUGGCAUAACCUUCAGUCAAUCAAUACCCAUUUUCUUACUAUUAACUAAGAAAGUUUACUUUAAGAAACCAGAAAUGUUUAAUUACACAUUCUUUAUAAAUGUCGCAUCUAGACCUUUAAAGGCCAAUUAUAUUCGUGACCGUAGUAUAACUAUUGCCGUCAAUAAUUACAACAAAGAUGUUAUUUCCGUUUCGUACUGUGUACCGAAUAAGUCAGUUAAUUGUAAUUACUAAAAGUCGAUAAUUCAGCACAAAAACACUGGAAAAGAAUCUUCUAAAUGUUCCUAUCCGAUCCCUACCGUUCUCUGACUGCUUACUGGAAAAAUACUAUUAUCUGAUUAUGCUUUUUCUUGUUCCAGUAAGCAGAUCAAGAAAUCAUUUGUGUCGUUUGCUAAGAGAAAGAACAAAGCGUAGUCGUAGUCAUCAGUAAAAACUAACUUUAUGCAUCGAGCGUGUUGAUUUACUUGUUGGUCCGGGAGAAAUUCUCGGCCGAGUGCAAUGGCAGAACAAUAUCUAUCACUAACGAAUACACUGAAUGUAUAGAUUACUGAACGAGAGCAUAUACAGGGUGUUUGGUUCAUGGUUAAGAAUCUCUCGGGGGGUGAUAGACUGUCAUAUUUGGAGAAAAAAAUUGUUCUAAACAUACCCUCAAAUCUCAACCGUUACAGAGUUAUUGAACUUUUUGUGUAAAAAACUUAUUUGUCUUAAAAUACCUCUAACUUUAAAAGUAUACUUUGUAUUUCAAAUGUUUUAGUUCCAUUCGAAAGGUGAGAAAAUUUCCCAUUGAAUAUUGUUCUCAUAUCUUUUAGUUAAUUAGUUUUAAUUACCUUUUAGCUGUAAAGUAGUUAAAAGUUAGUGUUUUUGAGGAGGUUUUUGCUAAUUUUCUCGAAAUAAUGAAGUAUGAUUGUAGCAAUAUCCAUUAUCCAAAAGUUGGGUUUUAGGACGAUUCAUAAUUUGUUCUUGGACGUCAUAUUCCUAUCACUUCACAUUUCUUUGUAGUUUCAUUACUAUACUUUUCCUGUAACCGACUUGCAAGUGCUUAAAAGAUUCUAAUCUAAAAAAUAUGCUUUAUAUCGUUAUUUACAAGAUUUCAUUGGAAAGCUGAGAAAAUGUCCUAUCAGUGUAUGUACAAAUAUCUUUUAGUUAAGUCUACUAAAUGAUUUUUUACUAACGAAAUAUCUAAAAAUUUGUGUUUUUUGGAGAGUUUUUUAAUUAUUCUAAUUAUUAAUCAACAAAAUUUAUCGUUACUCUUGUUCGUUUGAUGCCCCUUAAUGUUCUCUAUAACUUUUUAUUUGAAACUUUGUCUAUAUCUCUUUUCAUUUGACUGCUAUUUAAUAGUUAACACAGCAUGACCUCGCCGCAAAUGUAGUUGGUUCGAAAUCGUUAUGUUUGCAUAUGAAACGAUGUGAUAAAAAGGAUUUUGCGUCGAAACCAAAUGAGAUAAUUGGAUGGCGUCAAAGAAAGAACUGUAGAACUUGCUGAGAUGCAUUAUUUUCAUGAUAAUAAUGGUGAUGUUUAUUACUUACAAUUUUAAGAAAAUUAACGAAAAUGCUAAUAAUAGCACUAACUUUAAACUAAUUUAAUUCAAAAAGAAUACUAAAUUCACUUAACUGAAAGGUAUUAAUACAAUUUUCUCUGUAAAAUUUUCCUGGCUUUCGAAUGAAAAGAAAAAUAAUACAAAAAGUGCCAUACUUUUUCAAUUAGAGCUGGUAUUAGUGAAAAUGAGAUAAAAAUAUCCAAGUUAAAUAACCCAAACUCAUGAAAAUAAGAAAAGGUAAGUGCAUAAUGUCAAAGAACGAAUUAUGCAGCUCUUCAAGACUAACAAUCUGGAUUAUUAAAAUGAUGAGGUUAACUAUUAGAAUUUUUAAGAAAUGUACGAAAAAUCGAUUAAAAAUGUUUAAUUUUCAAUAAAUUACUUUGAAAAGGCUACUUAAACUCAUUAGCUGAAACAUGUGAUGGCAUCACUCAAUGCGAAAUUUUCUCACCUUCCCAGUGGAUCUAAAAUAUUUGAAAUACAAAGUAUACUUUUUGAGUUAGAGGUAUUUUAAGACAAAUAAGCUUUUAACACAAAAAGUUCAAUAACUUUGUAACGGUUGAGAUUUAAGGGUAUGUGUAGAACAAUUUUUUCUCCAAAUAUGACAGUCUAUCACCACCCGAGAGAUUCUUAAUCAUGAACCAAACACCCUGUAUAAACAAUGGAACCUUUUGAACAGACUUCCGACUUUUAUCACACACACAGAUACAUACAAACAUACACUAUAAUACAGAGUACACAAUGGACAACACUUCAAGGACGGAGGUAUAUCUUAAUCGUAUAAAUAAAUUAUGAAACAAA